AUGGCAAUGUGCUUGGAACUGGUAGUAAAUCCCAGGAAGGUCUUCAGAGAGGCUGGGUGCAACCCAGAGACUGUUGAUCCAGGUGGAAUACUCCGAUUUUUCCAGGGACCACAGAAAGAGAAACUGGAUAUUUCCUGGCACUUGAUCAUCUUCUACGAGGACAGGAACUUCCAGGGUCGGUGCCAUGAGUGCAGCACUGACUGUGCUGACCUGUCCCCUUACUUCAGCCGCUGUAACUCCAUCCGCGUUGAGAGUGACUGGUGGGUGGUGUAUGAGAGACCCCACUACAUGGGAUACCAGUAUGUGCUGAGCAGGGGGGACUAUCCUGACUACCAGCGCUGGAUGGGAUUCAAUGACAGCAUUGGAUCAUGUCGCAGCUACCCUUCCUACCGAGGAGGUACCUACAGAAUGAGGAUUUAUGAGAGGCCUGACUUUGGAGGGCAGAUGAUGGAAUUCAUGGACGACUGCCCCUCUGUCUACGACCGUUUCCGUUACCAUGACAUCCACUCCUGCCAGGUGAUGGACGGUUACUGGAUCUUCUAUGAACAUCCCAACUACAGAGGCCGACAGUACUUCAUGAGACGCGGUGAAUACAGGAGAUACAGUGACUGGGGCGGAUACAACUCAACUGUUGGGUCCUUCAGGCGCAUGAGGGACUUCUAG